CACAAAUUGAUACCCUUAAUUGCCAGUGUUAAUUUAGCAUUGAUAUGGUUCCUGAUUUGUCGUCUCACUUCAUCACUAUAAAAAAAGGCUUUGCCAUCUCGUUUGUUCCUCGCAACUCAGAGGCAGACGAACCAUCAGCAAGACCUUCCUCCUAUCGACAGUACCACAUCUAGCUGAAGAUGAAGGCUACACAUACUACGCUGCUCCUGGCAGUCGCCUUCCUCGUGCUAGCAUCAGAGGCCACGGUGAAGGCGGAUGACAUUUGUGCAGGGUCAGUUCACAAGACGCCGAUACCGUGUGACCUCCCGGGUUGCCUGCACAUUUGCCGCGAGAAUGCGAAUGGGCUAGGGCCGUGCCCUACUUGCAACUGGACUGCUAACUGCAACGCGUAUACUGGAUUAUGCGAGUGCAAUAUCUGCAUGCCUCCUCCUUCUGCUCCUAGCCAACAAUAAAGCGAGUGAUAUACGUGUAUGCUAGCUUUCUGAUAUACUAGGAUAGUUUGUUCUUUGUAAUAAGAACGAUGCCGUAAUGGUAUGUCGGGUGUGAUCUACUCAUUGUAGAAUUUGAUGCUGCUCCAUGCGUUAUAUGAGAUGGUAUAUGAAGUGGGCUAUAUUAUUUGCUUUACAUUGUAGAAUUUUAACAUGGUCCCAAACUAUUUCAGCCGUCUUAUUCUUGGAUCAGAGGGCCAUAUGAUCUCUUAUCUUCCAAGAGGUUAGAUUACUAAAUAGGGAAAUGUUUUUUUUUUGGAAAAGCACCUAAU